UUUGAUCAUCUUCACUUUCAUAAUUCAGACACAACUAAUUUGUUUCUUCCAAAUCUCACUCUUCACUUCUUUUUCUCUUCCGCCACGCCGGCGCUCAUCAUCAUCUUCUUCCGCGGUGACGUCAUCUGGGUUUAAGAAUGAAGAAAGCUGUAGAGUCCGGUUCUCCAUUCAGCCAAUUACCAGACGAUAUUGUUGUUCAGAUUUAUAACAAAAUUAUGGAUUUGAAAACCCUAUGCUAUUGUCAACUCAUAUCUAAACAUUUAGGUUUGAUCGUCUUUCAGGCUGACACUAUUUCAUUCAAUGUUCCUCUUCCAGUUGACUAUGAAAACAUGAAUGGUUUUGAUGACAUAAAGAUCCUAUUCGAUUUAUUUUGCUCAACCAAUCAAGAGGGGUCUCCCACAAGUGAUCUUGAUUCUGAUCCUGCUCCUGUUUUAGGAUCAGAUUCCUUCCAGUCUGCCAUUAAGUUUAUCAAGAGGUUUACGAAGCUAAAGUCUAUGUGCAUUCAGUUCCCGUCUUACGUUAAUAUAUUGCCUGAUGGUGUUUAUUUGUUCAAGUGGAAGAUUGAACUUGGUGCUAGAGUUGACUCGUCGGUAAUUCAGGCAGUGAAUACGGAAGAUGUUUUAGAAUCAGAAGAAGAGGGUUCAGACACAGAUGAAGACGAAGAAGAAAAAGACCAUGAUUCAGAUAAAUAUGAAAAGACUUGUUCUUGUUUGAUGGAUGUGGUUGAUAGGUUAAAGAAGUUAUUGGGUUGCACUGUUGAGUUUCCGCUGUUGGAGGAGAUUUUCAUUAUGGAUUCCAAUGAAAGGGGGUUUGGAACUCUUAGUGGUGGAGAUAUUGUUGAGUUGAGGAAGUUGCUACAUUCAUAUGGAACUAGUGCUAGUGACCAUCUGGUGUAUCAUAGUGGUGAGAUGUCUGACACGGGGUAAGAGUAACCUAUGUCCAUAAAAUCUAACCUGUUAAAUAUGUGCAGUCCUAUAUGUUUUGCUCUUAUUACCUGAUGCUUAUAACUAUAUUCGGAUUGUCAGUUUUUGGUUACAUCGACACUAGGGAAUGUAUGAAAGGUAAUUCAUGUCGGUUCCUAGAGGUCUUGCGUUUUGAAUGAUUAAUUUGUAGUAGUUGCUUUACUAUUGCACUACUAAUUUUGUAUUA